AUGGUUCUCAAAGCUGGAACUCGCAGCUGGAGGAACCAUGAAGUGCAGUUAUUUUUUUGUUAUUCCCUUUCUUUUUUUCUCUUAUUUGAAAUCAACAACAUCUUGAAAGCUGAAGUUGUUUCGGUAAAGAUUCUUCGUUGUCAAGCCGCCAAAGUGGAGAGUGUGGUUGCAGAAGGGGGUGCUUCUCGUUUCAGUGCUUCUUCGGGCGGUGGCGGAGGUCGGGGUGCACCUCAGCACUAUCCCAAGACUGUUGGCAACAGCGAGUUCCUGGGGACUGCCCCAGGGCCUAGCGUUCAGAGAUGGGUUCCUUCACGAAGCACUAGACGAGAUGUCAACUCCUCAAAUGAAAAAGAAAGACACGAUGCUAUCUUUAGGAAAGUGAGAGGCAUACUUAACAAGCUCACCCCUGAAAAGUUUGACAAGCUAUGCCUUGAGCUCCUGAAUGUGGGCGUAGAUUCUAAACUCAUCCUCAAAGGAAUCAUCUUGCUGAUUGUAGACAAAGCCCUCGAGGAGCCCAAGUAUAGCUCAUUGUAUGCUCAGCUAUGUCUGCGUUUGGCAGAAGAUGCACCAAACUUUGAUGGCCCCUCCCCAGAGAUCCAAACAUCACAGAAGCAGAGCACGACCUUCAGAAGACUUCUGAUCUCUAAGCUUCAGGAUGAAUUUGAAAACCGUACCAGAAAUGUUGAAAUCUACGACAAACAUGAUAACCCUCUUACUUCUGAGGAGGAGGAGCAGCGUGCCAUUGCCAAGAUCAAGAUGCUGGGCAACAUCAAAUUCAUCGGCGAACUUGGCAAACUCGACCUCAUCCAUGAAUCUAUCCUUCAUAAGUGCAUCAAAACACUUUUGGAAAAGAAGAAGAGAAUUCAACUCAAGGAUAUGGGAGAAGACCUGGAGUGCCUCUGUCAGAUAAUGAGAACAGUGGGACCUAGACUGGACCAUGAAAAAGCCAAGUCUUUGAUGGAUCAGUACUUUGGCCGUAUGCGAUCCUUAAUGAGCAACAAGGACUUGCCAGCAAGGAUUCGUUUCCUGCUGCAGGACACUGUGGAGUUGCGAGAUAACAACUGGGUUCCUCGCAAGGCUUUCAUCGACAAUGGACCAAAGACGAUUAAUCAGAUUCGUCAGGAGGCAGUUAAGGAUUUGGGGGUGUUUAUUCCACAGAUGGUCCCAGGCAUGAGGACGGACUUCUUUCUGGAAGGGACCUUCAUGCCCACCAGGAUGAAGCUUGACCGGGAGUCUCUUGGGGGACUGGCUGACAUGUUUGGACAGAUGCCAGGCAGUGGGAUCGGCACCGGUCCCGGUGUCAUUCAGGACCGGUUCUCUCCCACCAUGGGCCGCCACAGAUCCAACCCGCUUUUCAAUGGCCACAGUGGUCACAUGGCUCCUGUUCCCCAGUCCCAGUUUGACAUUGGGGGCAAGGCGUUCAUGAAAUCCAGCCAGGGGCAGAAUCAGCAUUUUCAUACCCAGAACCAGAGCCACCUGGCCCAGCAGCCAGCCCAGUCCAAGGACAUGCCUCCGCGCUUCAUAAAGAAGGGCCAGCUCAACGCCGACGAGAUCAGCUUGAGACCUGCCCAGUCGUUCCUGCUGAGUAAGAACCAAGUCCCAAAGCUGCAGCCUCAGAUACCCACCAUGAUCCCUCCAAGUGCACAGCCACCUCGCACUCAGACUCCUCCUUUGGGACAGCCUCCUCAGCUUGGUCUAAAAACUAACCCACCUCCGAUCCAGGAGAAACCUCCAAAGACCAGUAAGAAGCCACCACCAGCCAAGGAGGAGCUCAUUAAGAUGACUGAAACCAUCAUGACAGAGUACAUGAACAGCGGGAAUGUGGGAGGGGCAGCGAACAGCGUGCGGGAGAUGAAGGCACCCAAGCACUUCCUGCCCGACAUGCUGAGCAAGAUGCUGCUAUGCUCCCUGGAACGUUCAGACGAGGACAAGGAGCACACCAGCACGUUGGUGCAUGCGCUCCGGGCUGAGGGCCUCAUCUCGGGCGAUAACUUCCUGCAGGCCUUCCUUAAUGUGCUGGAUCAGUGUCCCAAGAUAGAGGUGGAUGUCCCCCUGGUGAAGUCCUACCUGGCCCAGUUCGCUGCUCGAGCCAUCAUAGCGGAGCUGAUAUCUUUGGCUGAGCUGGCCCACCCCCUGGAGAAUGGCACCCACUUCCCGCUCUUCUUGCUCUGCCUGCAGCAGAUGGCCAAGCUGAAGGACCGCGAGUGGCUGACCGACCUCUUCCAGCAAAGCAAGGUCAACAUGCAGAAGAUGCUGCCUGAGAUCGACCAGAACAAGGACCGCAUGCUGGAGAUCCUUGAGGGCAAGGGCCUCAGUUUCUUGUUCCCGUUGCUGAAGCUGGAAAAGGAGCUGCUUAAGCAGAUAAAGGCAGAUCCCUCCCCACAGGCCAUCUACAAGUGGAUCAAGGACAACAUCUCGCCCAAGCUCCACAUCGAUAAGGGUUUUGUCAACAUACUGAUGACCAGUUUUCUGCAGUACAUCUCUCAUGAGAUGUGCUUUUCUGGAGAUGACCAGCUCUCCGCCCCCACAAAAGACCAGCUGGAUCAGGAGAAGCAGCUGCUGCUCGCUUUUAAGCCUGUGAUGCAGAAGUUUCUGCAUGACCAUGUAGACCUGCAGGUCAGCGCCUUGUAUGCCCUGCAGGUGCACUGCAACACCAGUGCAUUUCCAAAAGGCAUGCUCCUGCGCUACUUUGUCAACUUUUACGACAUGGAGAUAAUCGAAGAAGAAGCCUUCCUUGCAUGGAAAGAAGAUAUCACCCAAGAGUUCCCUGGAAAAGGAAAGGCCCUAUUUCAGGUCAAUCAGUGGCUAACCUGGCUUGAAACUGCUGAGGAAGAGGAGUCUGAGGAAGAGGCUGACUGAGGAGCCAGAGAAACUGAUACUGCCCCCUAUCCCAUAUACCUAACCACUGCAAGAAUUCAUUCCGCUGUCAAUAUUUAAGUUCUUUUGCAGUUUCCUGCUCUUUUGGUUACCAAGUGCGAGACCUUGAGCGUAACUACAUACCAUCUGCUUCUAACACUUCAGGGUGGUGUUUGCGGCAUGAAGCUACAUCUGGUUGUGCUUGAUGGCGGCUCGCUAGGCCUCGGCCUGCUGCUCACGCUCCCGUUAACCGAAUGGCCACACUGUUAGUCAUGCACUUUGCCGAGUGUGAUCUUGAGGUCGUUGCAAUAUUUAUCCAUCCCGAAUGACAAAGAACUCUAUACUGUAAUCAUUGGUUUGUUACCGUAACAGUUAUCGCCUAUUUUUUUUUUUUCCUACCUCUAAUGCGAUUUAUUUUGUGCUGGUUUUUAAAAUCCUUAUAUUUAAUCAGAAGACCCUCGGAAUUCUGGGCAAACCGUGCAGAAGUCUUUAA